AAUAAUUCUUCUUUUAGUAUGAUUUUUGCUAAUUCUAAAAAACUUUAUUUUGGUGAAAAAAUAUUUUGAAUUGUUUUAUUUCUAAUAAGAUAUGAGAUAAUUUCGUUCUAAUAGAAUACACUGCGCAUGAAUUUUAAUUUCAGUGGCUCAGUUGGUACCGUUGAGGCAGCCAUUUCACGAUAGGCCUAGCUUGCUCACAUGACCUGUUGUUUGUUCCCGUGAUCAAGUUUUAGUUUUCUGGCAAAUUCAAAACUUCACCUUCGAAUUGUAAUGGAUAUAAUAGAUCACUCCUUGGAUACCAGUGAUGAAAAAGAUGUGGAUACAGAAUUGCUUGGGAAAGAGUUGGUGACUGCCCAACCAUUAACAAUAGUAGAAGAAGAUGCAUCUCUGUCACCCGACGACUCAGGACAAAUUCCUCAGAGUCUGUUAGAUAAUGGUGACGAGGAAAUAACAUACCAACUGCGAAGUGCUGAAGGAGUGACAUACAGAGUUGUGUCUGUGGGAGCAGAAGACCUGUCUGAUGCUUUGCCGCAACUUGUCACUACCAACGGAACCAGUUUUAGUAACUCCUCCUCACCCCCUCCUGGUGUUCAAGCUCUUCUGACAAACUCUGUUAAUGGAGGGCAGUUAUAUGUGAUCGGCUCCCCUCAGGAAGUGUUUGGUCAGCAGAACCAACGGAACAUAGUACCUCGUGUGCCUCAAAACAUACAGUUGGAGACAAUGAGAGGGGGUUCAUCAUCUUCUCAGUGCAGGCCUAGAGAUGAUAGGCGAAGAGCGACACACAACGAAGUGGAACGGCGAAGACGAGAUAAAAUUAACAACUGGAUUUCAAAACUGAGUAAAAUAAUUCCCGAUUGUUCUCAAGACACGGGUAAAGGAAGUUUUGAAACGCAAAGUAAAGGUGGUAUAUUGGCAAAAGCAUGUGACUACAUAAUGGAGCUGAGGUCAUGUAAUCAGCGACUGCUGGACUAUGGAAAGGAGAAUGAACAGCUGGUGUCGGAUCUGGAGAACAUGUCCCGACAGAUCGAGGAGCUCAGGAACGAAAACAACCAAUUGAAAGCUCAGCUGGCUGAGCAUGGCAUCAGUCCGUGCCACGGCUCUCUCUCCAUUACGUACAGAUCAUCCUCAUGCAAUGUUUAUGGUGUAGAUCCAACUACAAACAGUGAGAUUUUGCAACGUGGACCGUCAGCAGUGAAAUAAGUAAUUUAAAAAAGUGAACAUAAAUAUUUUUAUUAGUCCUGUAAGAAAUCACAAAGUCAGAUUUCUUUAAGUUUAGUCACUGUAUUAUUAUAUUAGUUCAUAUCAACAUUUAAAAAUGAUGUUGUUCUUCCUUACAUCACAAAACACAGCUAAGUCAUAGUUACCAUUAUAUGAUUAUUCAUCGACUGUUAUGUUAUUUUAUACGUAAAUGAAGUUUGGUUUUGCACGUGGUUGAAUAGUGAUUUAAAUAACCUCCUUAUAUAUUAGGUUAUUUUGGCAGUGUUACUAGUUCUGUGGCUUGUAAUUGUUCUGUUUCUCAAGCACUGUAUUUUACUAAACUUCAUUUGAAGGCUGAAUUUACAGGAUAAGGAAUAACAACAUAAUUGUUGUAAAUUUGCUAACUUGCUCAACACAACAUGAUUAAGUUCUUGAAACGGUGAACUACUUACUUAGUGUGAACUUUGGUGUAAUAUGAAGCUCACAAAGCGUUUAGAUUUAUUCUUUACUUGUUUUCUUUUCAUAGAACUGAUGUAUCGUAGUUAUUUUUUCAGUUGUUGGUUCCACAAAUUGAAGGGAACCAGCAAGAUUCACCUAAAUGGAGAUUAACAGUUACAAAUGGAGUAAACACAAAUUUAAAUUUGUAGCAACUUCUGAGUCACAUGAAUUUUAGUGGUAAUUUCUAAACCUAUAUGACGUGUUUUUAGAGGAUUUCAAGUCAUCAAUUUUUUUAGGAAGUUGUUCAAAAAAUAGUUUCCUACAGUUUUUGUCUUUCCGUAUAAGUGUCACAGACUGACAAAUUUAUUCUUUUUCCUGGUGUUAUAAUUGUGUAGAAAAUCGUACAUAAUAUUUUAAAGAGUGAAAAUUCCUUAUUAUUUGUAGCAUCUAAAAAUGGCUCUCUAUUAAUUUACUUUGGAGUUCAAAUUUAAUAUUAUUUUUACUGCUUGUUUUUUGUGAUAUUACUGAUGCUGAGAUUUCAUUGAUUUUUAUGUACACUUAACAUAUUCAGUGUGUGUGAAUGAAUAAAAAUAAAUGUAUUACUUUCAAUAUAGAGAAAUCAUAUAAGAAAGGUCAUAAUAUUUUUCUCAAAGAGAAUAGGCAUAAAUUUUAUUUAUUUAACAGUGUUCUUAUGUUCAUCUUAUUAUCAGUAGUCAAUCUAGCGAAUUCUUUUCCACUCAAAUAUAUCGUUUGUCAUUCAGUGUGUGCUUUAGAUUUGUUAUUAUAACUGAUUAAAUGGGAAAUUGUUCAUUCACAUUCAUUAAUCAUCUUUUUUACAAAUUUUCAGAUUUGUUUAAGGAUCAGAAUAUUACUGUUUUUAUUAAUUUUAUUUAUCAGUGCAAGCCGUUACUUUUGUUGGAUCUUUGGCAACUAUUCAGAAUUAUAUUUAUAUAUACUCCUGUCUUCUUGCUUGAGCAUUCUUUCUGAAACACGAAUUGUUUGUUGAAUCUUUUGGAUAGUGUACAUUAUUUUAUUUUUGGUCUUUUUGGUUCAGAAACAGUAAAUGGAAAGAUUAUCCAACUUUAAACAUAAAUUAUGUUUAUUGUAUUUGUAACUAUCCCUAAUGCUCCCAUUUAGAUGAAUCUCCAAUUUCCUUUUAAUACAUCUUGAAUUUUUUUAAUCCUUUAUUUCUUGAGCAAAAGUUUGUGUUGUGUAUUCAUUAUCCUAAAGAAUAUUCACUAUUGCCUUUCAGGUUAGAAACACAUUCCAUGUACCAUAACUAUUGUUAAUGUAAGUUGUUAAAUAUGUAAAUAAUAUAAGAAAGUUGUUAAGGUAAUCAAAAAGUGUCUUUAAAAUAUUUUUUAUCAUUAUUUCUGAUUAAUCCGCCAUCCGUUUUUAAUAUUAUUGGUAUGCUGAUAAAAAAUAAAAUUAUAAAAUAAGUUUAAAAGUUGGGUUUUGAUGUUCUUAAUUACUAUUAUAGUUUAAUGUUACCAAUACAUUAGUUUUAGCUUAUUUUUAAUGUUAUAAGCCUGUUUUAUACCCCAAGAAUGAUGAAUUUAAUUAUUACAUAAUGCCUGAAUUUAAUCAUUUAUGAUUUAUCUUACUAUUUGUCAUUUUUAUUUCAAAAUAAUGUUUAAAAUAUUGAAUCUGCUAGCAAUACUUAACAGGCUCACUAUCGUUGAUUUUAUUCCUUUUGCAUUUAGCAUAAAGUGACUGAAGACAUCGUAAUAGAUGUAUAUGCAUACUAAGCUCAUUUAGUAAAUGUAUCUAAUUGUAAAACUAUAUCACAUUUAAAGGCAAUAAUCACAUAUGUUAUUGUCAAAUAAAUUUUACCUAAUAAGUUCAACUAAUGACGUAAUACUUGCUUUUAAAGACAAUUUUAUACCAAUGGAGUUUAAUAGUCAAUUUUCCAAUACAAUAUAUAAAAUAGUAAAUCAUAUAAAUUUACUUUACAUCCCAUAUGUUAUAGGCACCUGCUUCAGCAUUACUGAUAAUUCAUUACUAUUCCAUGAAUAACAAACUAAGAGAAACUUAAAAUUUUCCCAAAAACUAACUAUAUGAAAACCAACACCUGUAUGUAAAAGAUUAGACAGCAGCGUACAAACUUUGUUAUAAUUUGUUUCACUCCUUAGCACACACAGGGGCAAAUAUUGAACCCUUUUAAUGCCAGGUAUCUUGCUCCGAGACAAUGUAAAAAGUACGCUUAAGCGCCGAGAGUCUCGCUCCAAGACAAUACGUACCUUUGGGAAAGUACCAGAUUUCUAUGUCAUUUGUAGUAACUCUAUAACUUAUUCCAUACUGGCUGACAUCAUACCAAAGGCCAAUACAUGAACUGAACUAACCUUUUCACUUGUUAUUUCUACUUUGUAUUGCUGUUAGAUUAUGUAAACAACCAAAAAUACAACUCUCUCGUUUAGUUGGCAGUGUCGUAAUGAAUGUAUUCUAAGUUGUAUUGUUAUUAGAAUUUUUUUAAAGUGAUGAAAGUCAGAUAAGAACACUUUUAGAAGAUGUCUGUAUAGAUGAUACAUCCAAGUGUCCAUGUUGUAGAGUUUGUUUGAAAAUUGCCCAAGUAAGGUUAUGUUUGAGUUUCGUUUUAGUAAGUAAUGUUUUAUUACACAUGUUUUUACAUGCUCUUUAGCAGGAAAAUUUUAAAAUUUCAAAAUAAAUUUUUGUUGUAGUAGCCUAUAUAUUUGACUUAAAAACUGGAUUUUUAUUUUUUUCCGUGGAAAUUUUGCUGUCUACAGUGAUUUUUAAUUUUUUAAAUUAUAUAAAAUCUGAAUGUUACAUAAUUUCUGAUACAUCAUUUAAUUUAUCUUUAAAAAUGAUUAAAAAGGAGCUUUUUAUGAUAAAAAAUAAAUUUUAGGUGAAUGUUUUUCUAAAACCUUGCAUUUUCAUCCAAAACCCACUGGUACUUUUUGCGCAGUCACACAAAAAAUAAUUCAGCAUUUUUCAACGUGGAUUUUUUCUCCUCUGGCACUAAAAGGGUUAAAUUUCAAAUUAGACAGUAUAAUUUACUAUAUUUUACUUCUGCUAUUAUCACUAUAGUAAGUACUAAUAAUCAAUUUAACACGAAUACACUUCAGCAUGAAAUCUAUGUGUACAUUCUGUUCAUAUAAUUUAAACCUUCUUGCCUUUUGUUUGCUCCUACAUAAUUUAUAUGUAUGCAGCAUCAGAUAACACAAUGGUCAUUAUCAUGACUUUUGUGUUAGAUACUAUUGAGCAAUUGUGCAGACUCUGUCUGGCUCAGCCGCAUGGCUCAACAGCAAACUAGCGAUUAUUAAAGCCACAAAUAUUUGUGAAAUACAUGUCAAAACUUGUUCACACACAUAUUAGUGGUGUCAAUGGCAAAUAUUGUCCCAGUGGAAAUGGUACAUUAUAUGCAGAAAUGAUGGUAAACCAUUUGUGGGUAUAGACCAUUGGUUUACAUGACAUGGUAAAUGUUUACUGUACCUUAUUGAACAUUUUCAACAGGCAUGUCUGAGUGUCAUCAUGCAAAUAAUAGCAGAAUGAUGGGGCACCAGUAACAAUCAUUUGGUUUACUGAGCACAAGAAAUUGUAUGAAACAUAGCAAAUAAAUACACCAGACCUGUAAAUAUAUAUAAGGUCUGUGAAGUGUAUAUUUAAAACCUUAUGAAUAUAAUGUGACAUGGUCACAAAUACUUUUUUCAUAUCUGGAGCACCAAACUAAUGAACUCAACUGGACUAUAGCACCAGUACAAUAGGCUGAUAUCAACUAGCAUUUGUGUUUGUAUGUCAAACAAAUAUAAACAUCAGUGCCAUGGUUGGUGAUGUCGGGCUGACUAUCAAUGUAAAUUGUGUUGUAGGUUUAAAACAUUAUAAGUUAUAUAGGUCAUCUUGGAUUGUACUGAUGCUUAAUUUAAUGUCAUUGCAAAGAAUUUUUAUAUGGAGACCAUUACAUAGGAUAUACAUUUGGUACUGUUUGGAAAAUUUUGCAUUGUAAAAUGAAUAGGCCAAAACUAUAGCAUUUGGUGAUUUUUAUGAACAUUAUUUUAUUAAAGAUAAAUAUAUUGGAAAUUUAUUGUACAAUAUGACAAAUCUCUUCUAUUUAUAAUAUGAUUUUUUUCAAGUAUAGAGGUAUUUUUAAACUCUGUAGUGCCUGUAUUAAAAAAAAUACUACAAGCAAUAUACAAAUCAGAAUGUGGUCUCUUCUACUGGAUCAAUAGUUUUUUUGGGUUUUUUUCCGUUUAAAAUAUACAUAAUUUGUUAACGAAUUUAUUUCUGGUAGAGUGAGGUUUAAUUAUGAUUUCUCCUAAUAAACCAAACCAAGACUUGGAGGGAUUUUUUUUAGUUUUUUUUUUUACUCAAUAUUAUGAUUUAUAUUUUUCAAUAUUAAUCUGUUCAUAGUUGUGUGCUUUUUAAACUAGUUAAUCAUAGCUAAAUUAAUAUACAAAUGUAUUUGAAAUACCACAAUACAAGCCUAUAUUACCAUGAAUCUAUGUGUUGCUUUUAAUUUACAAUGAUAUUAAUUUUAUUAUAUUAAAAACAAAUUGGUUUAAAAAAAUACUUGAACUAAUGCUACAUAUAAGUUAUUAAAUGUUGAUAUUUGUUUAUAUAUGUGUAACGUUCAUAGAAAAAUUAAAUUUGUAAGUUAUGUACACAAUGUUGUAAAUUUUUCAAUCUUAAACUAUAUUUAUUUUAUUUUAGUUUUAUAUUUAAAUGUCAUUUUAUGGGAUUGUUAUCUCUUUACUAUAUACUUUUUAUUUGUUUUCAGAAUGUUUUGUUUACACACUUGUUGAUAUUUGGUUUUCAUUAAGCUUUAAAAUGAUCUGAACAUUGUUUUACUUGUUUGUUUUAGAUAUGUUAUGCUAUGAGAGAUUUGUACAACUUUCAUUCAGUUAUACGGUUAGCUCUUUAUUUAUUUGUUCUCGAUACAUCAAAACACCAAUGUUAUAUAAAAAUACAGUGUUAUAAUUUUUAUUUUUUUGGAAGAUGUUGAACUUAUUAUUUUUACUUUUGUUCUGUAUCAAAAUUCAUAAUGAAAUGUUACACAUAAUAUGUAAGUUGGCAUCUCACAAAUUUAAAUCUGAUCUAGAUAACUUAUAUAUCUAAGAUUUAAAGUUCAAACUAGGUUUGUGUUGGUAACAAACAUUUCUAUUUUUAUUUGUACAAGUUAGAAUUGAUUCCAUAGAUAUUAAUAUUUCCAUUAAGAUUAACAUGUUAUUUAUAAGUAACAGUUUCAACAUAGUAUAGUUUUGGUGUCUCAGGGUCAUGAUCAGCAAAAAUAGAAGUUUUCUACAAAUGCUCAUUUGACAGUGAAUGUAAUUUAUAAAUAAUUACAUAAUAAUAAUAGUUUACAUAAUUACCUAAAUGGUGUGAUAGUUCUAUUUGUGUUUUUAAUUCAAUGUUUACUGUUAUAUUAAUAAAAGUUGCCUUAAAUAUUAGCUUUUUUAUUGUUUUUUCUUAUCCUUGUUGAUAAUUAUUUAUGUUAAUUAGUUACUUUUAUUUAUUAUGUCUGCAGUUUUAAUUCCAAAUCAAACAAUGAAAUGUUCAAUAAUGUUAGAAAGUCAAGUCAAUGUAAAGCAAUCAAGUGUAUAUAAUAUAAAAAGAGUGAUAAAUGUUAAAUAAUAUAGUAAUUAAAGUGUUAAUAAGACUG